AUGCACUUUGCUGAAAACUCUAAGAAGGCCAAGCCCCCCACCGGGAAGACCCCCGAGGUGGUUCCCGCCGCAGCCGCYCGCCCCGGAAAGGCCAGGAUCGCCGCCCCGAGGACCCGCGCGGGGCGCGACGCCGGGCACGGAGGUCCUCGCGAGCCCCAGAGGAGGGCACAGCUCGGGCGCCGUCCCCGGGGCAGGGGCAGUGGGCCGCGGGACCCCGGGACAGGCUGCCGAGGAGGCCGCGGGGCUGCGGGSGGACGGCGCCCAGGCCGCGGCGCGGAGCAGCCCCCGGCCCCUGGCCGCGCUGGCCUCGGGCGGGGCGGCGGCCGGGUCCCCAGCCUCCCGGCCCUCGGCGGAGCCGACCCGCCCCCCGCCCGGCGCGACCCCCGCAGGCCCGCCCGCUGGCGCACUCGCCUGCCCACGGUCUGGUUGGCYAGCUGCUUCAUGCGGUUGAACUGCUUCUUCAUGGCGGCGRCGGCGGCGGCCCGCGGGGCUCGGGCCGGGCAGGGCGGGAGACGGCCUGGMGGCUCCUACAUCGCUUCCCGGCCCGGGCGGCAGCGGCGGAGGCGGCGGCUACCUCAGCCCGGCCCCGCCCUCGCCGCGUCACUUCCAGCAGCGCCGCCCGCCCGCCCCUCGACCCGGCCGAGUGGGGAUGAGCCGAGCGGGGCCGAGCCGAGCGGGGCCGAGCCGAGCGGGGCCGAGCCGAGCGGGGCCGAGCCGAACGGGGCCGAGCCGAGCGGGGCCGAGCCGAGCGGAGCCGAGCCGAGCGGGGCCGAGGCGGGCAGAGCACAGCUGAACCCAGCCGAGCCCUGCCGAGUGGAGCCGAGCCCAGCCGAACCUUGCUCAGCCGAGUCCAGCAGGGCCGAGCCGAACGGAGCCGAGCAGAGCCGAACAGGCCGACCGAACGGAGCCAAACAGAGCUGA